AUGAGAUAUAUGAGAGUUAGUACUGCAAGUAGAAAGAUAUCCUCCAGCAUUGACGUUGAUAUUUAGUUUGAUAAAAGUGUCAGGACAGAAUCCUUUGAUGACAUGAUUUAAGAUGAUGGAAUAGGAAGUAAAAAAAGCAAGGAGUUAAGGUCGGCAAAAUAACCUUUCAUCCAGAUUGAGGAAUCAAUAAAUCCUUUCAGUGAUCCCCUUUGGGAAAGAUUUUUAGAGCCAAGCUUAAAGAAUCAAGAUCUCCUAUCACUAAAGAAAAUCUACAAUAGUAAAACUAAUGAAGCUUCGAUGAUCGAAUAAUAAUAAGCAGAUAGCUAUUCCAAAAUAAAACUAUAAGCCCAAAAACAUAAUUGA